AUGGAAGAGAAGCUGGUCGUCGUCUGCCUCCUCGUGGGCACGGGCAAGAAGGAGGGCCCGUUCGUCGUCGUGACGUCGACGUCGGACCUCGUCGGCGAGCUGAAGCAGGCCAUCCUGCGCGAGAAGCCGCGGACCUUUGGCGACCUUGAGGCCGACGAGCUCGUGCUCUACCGCUGCCGCAACGUCCAGCCGCUCGACGCCAACAUUUUGCAAAAGCUGGAAAAGCCUGCCGCGCAGAUCGUGCUGCAGAUGCAAGUGGGCGGCCUCGUCGAGGAGAUGACGGUCUUCUCCAAGCUGCGCAAGUACUUUGAAGUGCGUCCGGAAGACGAGCGGAUUCACAUCCUCGUCAAGCUGCCGAUGGCCGCCGUGUCCAAGGUCGCCGCCGCCCGCACGACACGCAUGACCAGCAUCAGCAUCGACAAAAAGAUCAUCGCUGGUGUCGACACGGACGAAGAGCGAGCGAUGGCCCGCAUGGUCGCGCCGUCACCGUCAGCGUCCAUGGCCAUGCAAGAGCCCAAGAAGCGUGGCGCGGGCAAGCGGCUCACGGACAAGGAGCGCAUGGAGAUCCUCCAAGUCAUCGAAACCGGCACCAAAGUCACCCACGUCGAGCUCGCGCUCCGGUAUGGCAUCUCCGAGUCGGCGAUCCGCAAGCUGCGCAAGAAUAAGAGCGAGGUCCAGAAGCGCUACAUGCUCGGGAACAAGCACGUGCGGGACUUACGCCAGCGCGGCUCGAAGCUCGGGAACGCAGCCUUUGAGGACGAGCUGUACCGCGUCAUCUUUGACUUGCAGUCGCACGAGUCGCGCAUGAGCUCCACCUUUGUGCGCAAGAAGGCGCUCGAGAUCGCGCCCAAGUACAACAUGGUCGCGUUCAAGGCCAGCGCCGGUUGGUACCGUCGGUUUUGCUCCCGGUACCACCUCAACCCGGGCAACACGACUGCGCUGCAGCUGCAGGCGCUCGUGGACGAGGUCGCGGGCGAAGACGCGGUCCAAGCCGCCGUCCAAGCGCAGCAGCAUCUGAUCAACAUGCAGAUGAUGGAGAUGCAGUCGCACCAUUUGCAUGCGCACAUGGUGCACGACGUCAACGCGAGCUUGACGAUGGACCCGUCCGGCGACAUGGACCCCCGGCACGAGACAGUCAUUUAG